AUGUCCUCCGGUUCCCCAUCACCAGAACAAAGAUUGCCCCUCCUUAACCCUCCAGGUACGGCUGCUGUUCCGGCUCCGACUCCAGCUUCUGCUUCUGCUUCAGAUCCCGCUCUCAGACCCGCCCUCGCCCUUCGAAACGCAGCCUCAGCUCCCAACUCUCGAACCCACCUCCACACCUCCUACCAUCUCCGACCACCUCCGCUUCCUGCCGUCCUACCUGCCCCCGAAGCCGAGCCAGGACCCGCAGCAUGGCAGCGCCAGAUGGACAUCGUGACUGCUGAAGCGCGGAAAAUGAAGCAGAUGCUGCAGCAAAGCCAGCGGCGACAUGGACAGCAGCAACAGCAGUCAGCGUCAGCGGCAGCGUCAUCCUCAUCCUCGUCUAAUAGAGGUGAUGAUGCGGGUCCGAGUACGAAAAGACAACGGCAGAACCUAGGGGACCCCGGUGGGGAGACGAUGGGGAUGGGACCGCCGACAAAAAGUGAUCAAGACAGGUUUGAUGAAAUGACGAGGGAGAUCGAGGCUGUGCAUAGUUUGUUGGGGUUCCAUACUGCGGGCGCGGUAGGUGCUGGGCCAGGAGCAGCAGCAGGAGCAGGAGCGGCGAGACCAUCCUCUUCUGCUUCGCCAAGGUCAUAUCUCCCACAAAUCAAGGCUGUUUUACGUAACCAUACCGAUCCCAUGGAGAGGCGGGGGAUGUUGCUAGAGCAGCUGAUUCAGCUACUGCACACACGGGAAACACACAAGAGGAGCAGCUCAGAUGACGAAAUGAUCAAACAGUUGCUCGAGGUGAUAGAGGAGCAGAAAUGUUCGGCUGAAGAGGGGGCAUCUCCCCAGGCACGAAGGGAUGAAGCGAGGAGGCAUGGCGAGACCCGUAGUCCGGCCGCUUCGACUUCGGCAAUGUCAUCAGGCAGUAAACCCACUGUUCCUGGCUCUCGGAACCAGGAAGGGCCCGUAAGUACUGGCGAUAGUAAUCGCAGUCUGGCUGUUGUGAGUGCACCUGUCAGCGUCGGUCCCCAUCGCAGCGGAAAUCCGCACAAUAGAAGGAGCACCGACAGCGUGGGUAGCCAUGCGGUACGCAGUGCACCCGCUCGGUUACUCAGAUGA